UGGCUGACAUCAUAACGGAAGUAAACAGUCCUCUGUAGCAGUCGGGAAUGCUUCGCAAGCGUGAAGUUUAAAACAAUAUAAAUAAAUACUGAGCAGUCACAUUUUAAUCUCAGAUAUGAGGAGAGUCACAUUGUUUGUUAACGGAACGUCACACAAUGGCAAGGUAGUGGCGGUUUAUGGCACUCUGGCUGAUCUGCUGUCAGUUGCAAGCACAAAAUUUGGAAUUAAAGCUGCCAAUUUAUACAAUGGGAAAGGUGGUCUCAUAGAUGAUAUAGCCCUUAUCAGGGACGAUGAUGUCCUCUACGUAUCCGAAGGAGACUUUUUUGUUGGUCCACCAAAUAAUUCAGAUGGUCCGCAUGAGUUUCACUCGUGGACACACACAGACUGGAUAACCCUAAAUGUAGGGGGCAGACGAUUCACUACAACACGAAGUACUUUGGUCAAAGAGCCAGAGAGCAUGUUGGCCCACAUGUUCAGAGACAAAGAUGUUUGGGGAAACAAACAUGACGAGCAGGGUGCGUAUCUCAUUGACCGCAGUCCAGAUUACUUUGAACCCAUACUGAACUACCUGAGACAUGGACAACUCAUCAUUAAUGACGGCAUCAAUCUACUGGGUGUGCUUGAAGAAGCCCGUUUCUUUGGAAUCGAGCGGCUUGCGGAGCAGCUUGAAGGGGUUAUUAAGAAUUCCCAGCCUCCAGAUGACCACUCACCCAUCUCCAGAAAAGAAUUUGUGCGUUUUUUGCUUGCCACACCAACUAAAUCAGAGCUCCGCUGUCAGGGUCUAAAUUUCAGCGGGGCGGAUCUCUCACGGCUUGACCUGCGUUACAUUAACUUUAAGAUGGCCACUCUCAGCCACUGUAACCUCACACAUGCCAACCUCUGUGGUACCAACCUAGAGAGGGCAGACCUCUCCAGUGCCAAUCUUGAUGGUGCCAAUUUACAGGGCGUGAAAAUGCUUUGCACCAACGCAGAAGGGGCGUCACUUAAAGGGUGUAAUUUUGAAGAUCCUGCAGGGCUCAAAGCGAAUCUGGAGGGUGCGAAUCUAAAGGGUGUCGAUAUGGAGGGCAGUCAGAUGACCGGCAUAAACCUCCGUGUGGCCACGCUGAAAAAUGCCAAACUCAAGAACUGUAACUUACGGGGUGCCACACUGGCAGGGACUGACUUGGAGAACUGUGACCUGUCCGGAUGUGACCUUCAAGAGGCGAACCUGCGGGGCUCAAAUGUAAAGGGUGCCAUCUUUGAAGAGAUGUUGACCCCACUGCACAUGUCUCAGAGCGUCAGAUAGCCCCAUACACUCACUGCUGUCUGUCUUCCACGGGACGGUGACCUCUUCACAGAGCAGCUUUAAAAAAAAAACCUACCUUCAAACCUGUCGACUGUCGAUGUUCUCUGUUUAUCUGCUAUCCUCAAGAGCAAUAUUUACAACAUUUACUGAAUUGAUCUUUCAAUGCUCGACAAGUUGCCAAAAACCUUUAAAUGGUUUCUAAUACUGUGUUUCCUAAACGGUGUUAUUCCAAAGGUGACUUUAAUGACUGUUCUUCAUGCAUUGCUUUAUGUAUUUGUGCAGAGCCUGUGAACAUGUUAAUGUCUUUGCUUCUGCAUUUGAUACAGAUUUAGGAAUGUGGCUUUAUUGUGGCAAUACUUUUUAUAACAUGUUAUAUUUGUCCUGGUGAUUUGUGAAUGUUUUACGCUACAUGGCUUUUCUUUUCAAAAUCAUGAAGAUGUAGCUUUUUAACGCAUUUACUGUUACUUCAGGUUUAGAAUGCACCUGAUUUCAUCUGGAUUGAAAUGCUGUUUCGUUUGAUGCCCAGUGAAAGCCAGUUUUGACAGCUCUGUUCUCUGUAUUAGUCAAAAACCUGCUGAAUCUCGUCAUGCAUGUUAAGAUCCAAUAAAGUCAAACACUGGAAAUGAGUGGAAUUUUUGUAAAUAGUGUAUUAUAUUUUCUGCAUAUAU